UAUGAUUACUAUCCACUGCUGAACACAAACAUGGAUACAUUACCACUAUACAUUUUAAUAAUUACAGGCUCUGUGACAACAUCUGCUGAGAUAGCUGUACAGGGGAUAGAAGGGGAAACACUUCUAAUUAAUUGGACAUAUCCCAGGGGUUAUGAGUCAUAUGCCAAAUACUUCGUCAGUGGAGAAUAUUCAACAGCCACACUGGACAAAUUAGUUGAAAGUCAUGAAGGCAAAGCUGAUCAAAAGGUAACAAAAGGCAAAUACUCACUUUAUGACUACAAAUCAGCAGCUCUUCUGACUGUUGCUAUAACUAAACUGUCACUGGAUGACACUGGGACCUACCAUUUUGGAAUAAAAGAAUUUGGCCGUGAUACGCAUAUGAAUGUUCGUGUAUCUGUCAUUAAAGCUCCAACAACUGUUGCCCCCCUAAGCACAUUAACGACUUAUACAGACACUGAAGGACAGUUACACACAACAUCACCUAUAGACGGAAGACCAGAAACUGCGUUAAUAACUUUAACUACUAGAGAUGCAAAUAACGCAACAAGCACAGAUGAAGGACCAGAAACUGAGUUAACAGCUUCAACUACUAGACAUGCAAAUAAAGCAGCAAGCUCAGAUGAAGGACCAGAAACUGAGUUAACAGCUUCAACUACUAGACAUGCAAAUAAAGCAGCAAGCUCAGAUGUCCUUAGCACUUCAAUGAACAUGUCCCAAUCCUCACAAACACCAAAUGACAUGAUACCAAGCGAAAUCAGAAAAGCAGAAAAUCCUGUUAUUAAGAUUGCAGUAUCUACCAUUGCUCUGGUACUUGUCCUUUUGUUAAUUAUUGGUAUGUACUAUGCAAAAAUGAAGAAUAAAAAGGCAGUAAGCAGCACAGGUGUUAUGGGUAAGAGCUCCUUCUUGAUUGAUGAAUAA